CAAUGUCGUUGUGAAUUCCUAGAGCGAGAUAUUUAUAAAGGAACCAGCCAGACACGGCUAGCCACGCGUACAACUUCAGGGGGAGGGCAUGUCUAUUGUUUACGAACCGGAGACUGUAGCAAGGCAAGAUUAUGGACUGGUAGCUACACCGUGGCAUUUAAUGUUUUUGACGAAAUUCAACGUGACGUUGAGUAACACACACACACUUCCGGUAUCGAUCGAGCACAAGAUAGCCUUGGACAGGAUUAACACGUACGACACUCUUGCACACUGCCGCGGUAAAGGCAAGCUAUCACUUUAAACAAAGGGUGAGGGUUAAAGCCUGUGAUUCAUUGCCAGGAUUAAGAAUAAUUGCAGGUUUUGAAGAAUGCAGAGAUUGAUAUUCAACGUGCAGCGCACAUGGUUAACGGUUUUGCUCAUCUACACAUCGGGGGCCGCCAUCUUGGAUUUCGAUGUUUACAUUCCUAGAAAGAGGAACUAUAUCAUAUUUUAACAUUAUUUUACUUAGUAUGCUUGUUCGCGUGUAUAUAUAUCACAAGUGACACACAUUCGUAUUUGAGAAGGAUUUGUUAUUAUCAGUGACAAGGAUUGUUGUUGACUAUUGUAACGUAUUCAAUAAGUACACAGGGGAUACUACUUGUAAUAGCAUUAUAGGACUACAUAUAUAGGUCAUGUCACACUGAGCCAUUCUGAUAUCCGAACAACAGACGUUAUGUAUCCAUUGUUGUUAGACUCUACUGGAACCAUGCAGUUUAGUUUCUUGUCCUAGGUAACAGAAGAUGAAGCGACAGAACGUUCGGACUCUCUCCCUGAUCGUGUGUACCUUUACUUACCUCCUGAUCGGGGCGGCUGUGUUUGACGCCCUGGAGUCUGAGUACGAACUAGAGAACAAGAGGCGACUGUUGGAGGAGGAAGACGAAAUUCUAACAAGGUAUAACAUUUCUGACUCGGAUUUUAAAGCCAUUCGACACAAUGUGAUCUGGUCCCGUCCUUACAAGGAAGUCACUCAGUGGAAGUUCGGAGGUGCCCUGUAUCUUUCAUUGGUGGUCGUAGCAGCGAUCGGUUAUGGCCACAGUACACCAAAAACGAUCGGCGGAAAACUCUUUUGUAUGUGCUAUGCCCUGGCAGGAAUUCCAUUAUGUAUGAUCAUGUUCCAAAGCGUCGGUGAAAGACUCAACACUUUUGUGACAUUUGCAUUAAGGCAAGUCAAGAAAUGCUUCCGGUUGAAAAACAAAGAGGUAACCCAAACGGAUUUAAUAUUUAUAACAAUGAAUUUAUCCACCUUAAUACUGACCUGUGGUGCCCUGGUGUUUUCACAUGUGGAAGGCUGGACUUAUGUAGACGCAUUCUACUACAGUUUUAUCACAUUGACGACCAUAGGUUUCGGGGACUUUGUCGCGCUCCAACAAGAUAAUAUGGUACAGAGCAAACCACAUUACUUUGCUUUUAGUAUCUUAUUCAUUCUAUUUGGUUUAACUGUUAUUUCGGCAGCCAUGAAUUUACUGGUUUUGCGGUUUCUUACGAUGAACACAGCGGACGAACUUAGAGACGAAAGAGAGGCUGCAGUAGCGGCCCGAAAUGCAGUGCAUCUUGAAGGUGACGUCAUAACCGGAAAUAACGGAGUAGUCUCUAACCUGCAAGAACAGCCCAUCGGACCGAUAGUAGAGGACACUCUCUCUGUAUGUUCUUGCUCGUGCUAUAAGUGGAGGUCACCAACUGACAAGGUCUACUCGACAAGUCCCAUGGCUAAUCAUCUGCGUAGAAAAUUUAAGGCAAAGAAGGGAAUGGACAGUCACGAAUACUCGAAGGAUGCCGAAAGUAAUAUCUCCGAGGACACCGACUCCUUCAUCAACUGGCAGAGGGAUAAACGGGCAUCACUUUGAACUACAAUUAUACGUUGUGUACAUGUAGCCUAUACAUCUUUCUUAAUAUAUUCUAUUAUUCAAAUAUAUAAUGGGUUCUUGUCAAAACAUACUCUAUGACAUGUGUUUUAUUUAAAAAAAUCAUUUCUUUUUCGUAAGACACAAGUUAAUAAUUUUACCUAUAAAUCGUCAAACAAGAGUGAAAUAUUUGAUACUCAACGGAAAAUCAUUAAACUAGUUUUGGUUGUCCUUACUUAUAACAAAUGUACAUCACCUGUUACAAAGAUGUCAAAGUUCAUAUAUGUUCUUAUUGUAAUGCAGCACGCUGUACCUGGUGACACAAUGAACAGUUAAUGACGGGAUUUUUUUUUGUGUCUAAACAAAUUAUAUAAUAGACUCUGCUUUAAUUCAUUGUCAUACAAUGAAAUACUAUUUUUAUCAUUAGAGUACAAAAAGUACCUUAGCAAUGGCCACUAAUGAGGCACCACGUUCUGUGUGUAAUUUGGGAACUGAAAACAUAGUCCCUAUACAGCUCCAUCAAAAAGAGAUGAAACGAUGUAGUUAAAGAUAUAACUUUUGUCAUGUCGCUGGUAAAAAUGUUAUAUUUAUUAUCCUACCUCUCAGAAGUGAACUGGAACAAUAUAAAAUAUAUUUAUGCACAUAAGUCAGGUUUGAAUGUGAACAAUUAAAAACAAAAACAGUGUUUGUACACAAUGUAAAAACGUUAUUUCAGAUCAGAAUUUGUACAUUAAACAACAAUCAUGUAAAAAAUAUGUCAGAUAUGAAUUUGUGCUGUUAAAAGCAACUAUGUACAAAAGCUAUGGUAGAUGUUAAUUAGUAGGUUGAAAAGCUCAGUCAGAUAUUAAUUUGUAAAACUAUAAAAAAAAAUAUGUAGAAACAGUUAUGUGAGAUAUGAAUGUCUACAUUCAAAUUAUGUAUGUUAAAAAGCUCAGUCAGAUAUUAAUUUGUAAAACUAUAAAAAAAAAUAUGUUGAAACAGUUAUGUGAGAUAUGAAUGUCUACAUUCAAAUUACGUAUGUUAAAACAGUUAUGUCAGAUAUGAAUUUGUUCAACUAAAAAUGUUUUUUUUUUUUAAAUGUGAAUUUGUACAAUUUAAAUAUGUUUUCAAGAUUUAAGUUAGAUAGCCCAUCGAAUAACUCAAAUUUUGUAUGUAGGACAUAAAACAGAUAUUUAUUCCCAAGGUAAAAAAACCUGUCAUUGGAUAAAUUAAUAUCACUAAGAACUUGUCCUAAUGAAUGCUCAAUUGAAUAAUGAAACACAUCUUAAAAAUAAAUAUCAUAGAAAUUAAUGAUGAUUAAAGACGAAAUAGAAAAAAAAAUCUUAAAAAUACUUGAUUUAAGUAUAGGUUAUUAAAUGUGUUGCCGUGUUCUAAACAAUCCUUUGACUUGCUGCGUUUUAUGCACCUGUUUAAUCUUAAUUUGAGACUCCAAGUAUUGACAGUUUCUUACGUAUAUUGUUUUUUCACAGGUGUAAAUAUCUAACUAUAUUUUUUGUUUGCAUAUAAACGGCUGUUAACAGAUAUUUCUUACUUUUAAUUGGUUAUAUAUAUACAAUAUCAGUUACAUAAUUAACUUCAGCUAUACUAUAAACUAGAAUGCAGGCCUAUAUUCAUCAAGCCUUUCCGAUCCUCAAUAUCAUAUUAUAUACUCACACCUCUUAUCUAUGUUGGUACACUCCUAAUGAUGUAACCAUAGCAACAGAAUCAGCAUUUAACAUGGAAAUGGUAUUAAACAAUAGACUAGGUACAGAAAGCAACCACCAGCAUUCCGAAUUAAUGAAGCCUCUAUUUAAAAAUAAAUUGAAACAGAGAGCCAAAAAACAUUCGUACUGAUUCAAAUGGCCAUUUCUUUAAUUUAGGACAGGAAGGAGAAAGGCGCCUUCAAACCCCAUUACAACAUUAAAAAUUUACAACUUUUAGACUCAACACAUAAUUUAAUGUUACGGAAGUGUUUCAUGCAAGCCGUGCCAGAAUGUAGUUCAGCUGCCGAGUAACACCAUAUGAAAUAAUCUGAGUUACUUGUUAAUGUCAUUUCAAAUUAAUCUCGAAAAUUGUUUUAUGAAUACAUGUUAAGAACUGAAAGCAAUGAGUUUGAAUUUUCUAACAGGAUAGUGUCUGCAUUGUUAUCGAAGUUCACAUAUCUAUCCAAAAACAAAAUGUAAUGAGAAGUUAGUUGUAUCGAUUUGUAUAAUAAUCAUGAUGAAAGUUUCAAACAGUAUCAUGUUGUUGAAAUACGUUCUCUAAUGAAAGCACACCAAUCAGUUAAUGCACAGGAAGUGAUUUCUGUUCUCAGUCUUGAUUCGGUUUUUGCCACUUCGACAAAAGUACUCCCUUCCCAACCCCGCCUCCACCCCCUACACACACAUUAACAUUGCUGAGGCAUACUAUGGCUUUGAUCAACGAAGCGUGAACAACAAAUGUCUGAUUUGAUACGUUACAUGUACAUUCAACAUUCCAUCAUAUAUUAUUUACACGGCAGUUUGUAUUGCUUGACUUAUUGUUUAAAUUCGUUUGAUACAUGCACAAUGUAUAUUUCUUCGAACAAAGAUGAUUAAAUGUAAUAAUUGUAUGUAUAUAAAAAAUAUUGUAUAUUUGGAGGAUUACCAUGACAUUUAAACUUUUUUUUACAAUCAAGAUUUUAUUGUUAAUUAUUCUAUUUCUUCCUUGUCUUCUUCAUCAUCAUGAUAUGCGAUUCGUGCUUUUGUUAGCCUGUCAAUUUAGCUCUGUGUAGUAUCAGUUGUUUGUUUUAUAUAUACUAGUUAUUUUCGACAGAUCUAUAUUUAUCUAAUUCACUUAGAUCAAAUUAGUGUUAUUGUAAGCAUAUUUUGCUACAUAUGUAAUUCAUUAAGAUAAAAUUAGUGGUAUUAUAGCCAGAUUUAUAUAAUGGAAUAUUGAUUUAAUUAAAAUUAUUAAGGGUUGAAAGCACUUCCCCUUUUGUUAAUACAUUUUCAGUGGUUUAGAUAAAAUCUAUUUGAACUUUCCAAUUGUUUGACCCCAAGCACCACCGAUGAUAAUUAGAAGGAUGAAAAAGCAGUGUAAUUCAUGUUCGUACAUUGUAUCCGAUUUUAAAGGUGUGAUUGCCUCUCUGUGUGCUACGUUCAUCAUUCUAUCAGCUAGCUAUAUUAUUGGAGCCAAAUUCCGUAUGGCAUAUCUUUGAGGAAUCAUUUAGUUUCAUUGAAAUUGAAUUACGUGGUUUAUCAAAAGAGCAAUAUUUCGUUGGGUGUAAAUUCAUGAAAAAAUGAAUUCAAAUAUGUUUGAAUUUCAAUAUAACCAUAUCCAGGCAACAAUUCAAUCGAAAGACUAGAACGCGAAUUGAUCUCAAAUAUUUUAUGUAACUCUUAUGUACCUUGAUAUCAGUGGAAUGUCCCUGUGAUAUUUAACCAUUUAACAAUAAUAUGAACUAUUGAAGUGUGUAAUUUUCUGUAGUAGCAGUUGUUUAAGUCAUGAAUUUAGGUAAGAAAAUAUGAAUUCGACGAUUCACGAAAAUAUCUUCCCCUCGAAUGAAAAUUUUAUAGAAGCGUUUCCAUAAAUGCAUGUAAUGACUUUUGUGUUUAAUGCUGUUUUUAUUGAUAUUUUGUUUUAACUUAAAAUCAUCUCGUUUUCAACAUAUCUAUGUAUUUGUCUUUUGUAUAAUACUUUGUUAAGUUUUUCUUGAUGAAUACAUCAGUUUAAA